CGGGCAUGUGUGUAAAUACCUACGUGUCAAGUAUGUGUUUGCGGCAUGUGGAACGGAGUAAAACUUCUCAGCUAUAAUGUCCAAUAAAGGGAAGCCCAGUGUGAGAGAGGCAGAAAUUGAGAAGUGUCGUGAAGAGGCAAAUUGGAAGAGGGUCAUUGAUCUGGCCGAGCAGGGGAAACAGCGUAAUCCCUCCACAGAGCCACUGGCCAAUUUCCUGAUCGCCGAGGCGCGCCUGGAGUACUACCUGGAGGAGAACCCGCCGAGCGAUGCCAACCAGGAGAAGGCUCGCCGCGAGCUGCGCGACGUGGAGCGGCUGCUGACAAUGGCAGCCACCUCUGACUGCCCACAGAAGAUGGACAUGAUGAUAGACGCCCACCUGCUGCUGGGCAAGGUGCACCACGCCAUGGGCCUGCACGAGGACGCUCUGCUCGACCUGUCGCGCGCCGGCCUCGACACGCUCGCCAAGCGUCAGCUGCCCACUCGCAGUCUGCGCGUGGUCGCCGAGUCGUACGCCGUGAAGGGCCUGUGCCUGGAGAAGGCGCCGCUGGCCAGCAGCAGCAAGUUCAAGGCGGCUGAGCGUGAGGAGGGCGUCAUUGGCUCUUUCGAGCUGGCCAGCGACCUGGCCCUGCUCUACCUGCAGGAGGUCGACAAGAGCUCCAACAUGCAGAGCACAUGGAGCGUGCACACAGCUGGCUCCUCCAGCUCGCCUCUACCGCCGCACCCGGAGAACCGGCUGGGCCUGAUCCUGGAGACGGCACUGCAGAAGGCUCCCAUCCUUAUCCUCAAGGCCAAUCAGAUGCCCCGGGCCAUUCGGCGGUACAGGAUGAUCCUGGGCGCGGUGGAGACGUCGGCCACGCAGGGCGUCCGACUGGCCAUGGCCCGCCGGCUGGCCGAGAUCCUGCUCAGGGGCGUCAGCGACAAGGCUUACGAGAAGCUGGAGGCGAUCCUUGUCAGCGACCAAAAGAAGAGCUCGAUUGGUGGCCGGUCGGUGGUGUCGCCGUGGAAACCGCGGCGCCAGGUGGGCAGCAAUCUGUUCGUGCCCAAGGACAUCAACGAGGAGAUAGUGCUGCUGCUGCUAAUCAGCGAGGCUCUGGCGGUGCGGGAGGCCGUGCUGACCCAGUCGCCGGAGACGGCCGAGGCGCGUCAGAAGUCCUACGGCGUCGCCACCUCCGUCUACGACCUGAUGACGAUGGCGUUGGUCAGAAAGGGCCAGGCUGUCAUGCUGUGCGAGUCGCUGGAGCGGGCGCUGCGCUUCAGUUUCGAGGAGGCGCACGUGUGGCAGCAGUACGCGCUGUCGUUGGCGGCGGCCGGCCGGCCGCAGCGCGCCCAGCUGGUGCUCGAGGAGGCCUUCCGGCUGAACCCGGACAAGGCGGUGCUGCCGCUGCUGGCGGCGCGCCUCUGCUACGAGAACCUGCACCGGUUUGAGGACGGGGUGCGAUGGAGCGAGCGCGCCCUGCGCCAGGAGUCCUCUGAGUCGCACGGCCUGGCCAGCCGCUGCCACCUGUACCUGGGCAUCGGCCAGAUGCUGCAGGCCGGCGUGUCGCGCCAGCAGCAGGAGAAGCAGCGGCUGGCCGACGCCGCGCUCGACAACUUCCGCAGGUGUCACGAGCUGGACCCGGGUGACCAUCUGGCCGCCUUCUACAUGGGUUACCAGAUGGCGCGGGCACGCCAGGUGGCGGCGGCCGUGGCGCACGUGCGCACCGCGCUGGAGCGGCGGCCGGACCACUUGGGUUCGCUGCACCUGCUGGCCCUGCUGCUGACCGCCCAGAACCAGCACAGCGGCGCUCUGGAGCUGCUGCGCGUGGCCCAGGACGAGUACCCGGAGGACCUCCAGCUGAUGUUUACUCGCGUCCACGUGGAGGAGUACUGCAACGGUGGAGAGGCGGCGCUGAUCGUGGCGCGGGAGAUGCUGGAGCAGUGGAAGGAGAUCUACGAUGCCCGCAUGGCGGAGAACAGUCUGGACACUGACCGACAGUACUCGGUCGUCUCCGACCCCGAUUCAGCGGAUAAAGUAGCGCGCCACGUGGUGCUCUCGCCGCUGGAGACGCUGGCCAUCCCGGUCCUGGGGCCGAACCACCUGUUGCCCUCGCCCGCCGGCUCCGAGUGCGAAGGCUCCGUGCGCGCGUCGUCCACCAUCGCGCCGUCUCGCGUAGAGCAGGCGCUCUCCGAGGUGGCCUCGUCGCUGACGUCCAGCCAGCCGCGGCCGGGGCCGCAGCAGGUCUGGGACCUGCAGAUCCGGAUAUGGCUGCUCGUCGCCGACCUCUACCUCAAACUGGGCCAGACCAACCAGGCCAUCUCGUGUGUGCAGGAGGCGGCCACCAUCGCGCCCGCCUCGCACCAUGUGCUGUACUUCAAGGGACUGGUGCACGUGUACAAGAACGAGUUCGAGGAGGCCAAGGUCCACUUCAACGAUGCGCUGGCGCUGAACCCGCACCACAUCAAGAGCAUGCAGCACCUGGGUCUGGUGCACCACUACCUGGGCAGCCACCGUCUGGCCGAGAAGAUGUUGCGGGACGCCAUCCAGCUGGAGCCGCUGGUGCACCAGAGCUGGUACAACCUGGGCAAGGUGCUGGAGUUUCUGGGCGAGAACGAGGCGGCGGCCGACUGCUUCAUGACGGCCGUCGACAUCGAGGCGACGGCGCCUGUGCUGCCGUUCACCGCCGUGCCGCUCUGCUUCGAGUGACGCCCGCCAGGGGCGCUGCCGGGCGGCGGUCUCUGGGUACCGGGGCGGCUCGGCUGCAUUGGCGUGAAUCAUUUGUUAUCUGUGUACCGUGGAACAAGGGUUUUUACCCCGUAGAGAGCUAAAACUAGUGUGUCUAGUCCACGUGUGUGUUUGUUGACGUGUGAGGUGGCUCGCAAUAUGGAGUGCCACGGUGGUUGUGCGUCGUUCGCUGGUGUUGUGCUAGUCACCGUUAGCUGGAUUUGCUAUCGUGCCGCGUCGGUUCUUCUCACCGGACCCUGCCGGUUUGUGACGGUGGGUGUAGUGUUGCCUGCAGGCCGGUGAGCGGGGAGUCACCGGAGCUCAGCGGUGGAGCGUCUGUAUCGCGGCCGGCAGAUUGCCUCUUCAGACUCAGCAGCUGUUCCGUUUUUGACUCGGCUGUCACGGUGAUCGUGGGCGACUCCCGCGGCGCGGACCGGGACGCGGUCGUGCGUCGCACAACAGUCAAAACACUGACACGCUCCUCCUCCGAAUCCCCCGCCCUGUCGCGGCCCGUGCUGGUGUUAUGGCCCCUUCAGGCGUGCGGGUGGACUCGCGGCCGACGUUCCCAGACCACUCGGCAUGUCCGCUUCAACGAUGUGCAAGAAGUGAAUAUGACGAACUUGUUGUAAAUGGUGUCCCUGACGUGGGCUGUUGGGCAGCUUGUGUUCCGUCAACACUUGAGCGGUGCGUUGUGCGUGACGCUGGUAUGAAGUCAGCGUUGGCACCGCACCAUUAAUGUGGCCAUCGCGAGGCCUGGACUUCCCUUCCGCGCUCGUCCGAUCCUGUGAUACGACAU